CUGUCGGACCUGUCAAAGACGAAAAUAAUUUUGACACCAGCUACUUUUUCACAACAUUCUGUAACGAAAAUGUUAAAUUUUUAAAAAUUUUGUGCUCAAAAGGUUUUGAUAAUUCUGCAUAAGGUCUAGAAUACGUUGAGUCUUUUUAUACACAAUCUACACAUCCAAAACUACAGUUAGAAUGGCCUAUCAAACAUUUUUACAGGAAUACAUGCAAAUACCGAUCGUCACUCGAGUGUAUACAUCGACUUGUGUGAUUACAACUUUGGCAGUGCAUCUAGAAGUUGUGUCGCCGUUCCAGUUGUAUUUUAAUCCGACACUCAUCUUACGACAGUACCAGCUAUGGAGACUGGCAACGACAUUCCUGUUCUUUGGAACGAUCGGAUUUAGUUUUCUAUUCAAUAUGAUAUUCACCUAUCGAUACUGUCGCAUGCUGGAAGAGGGCUCAUUUCGUGGACGAAGCUCCGAUUUUGUGAUGAUGUUUGUGUUCGGUGGAGCGUUAAUGAUUAUAUUUGCUUUUUUUGUAAAUCUACUAUUUCUCGGCCAAGCAUUUACAAUAAUGCUGGUGUAUGUGUGGUCACGUCGAAAUCCGUUUAUCCGAAUGAACUUUUUCGGUUUGUUGAACUUUCUGGCACCGUACUUGCCAUGGGUGCUAUUAGGCUUUUCCGUUAUACUGGGCAAUACGAUUUGGGUGGAUUUAAUGGGAAUGGCCGUUGGACACAUCUACUACUUUUUGGAGGACGUUUUUCCAAAACAACGAGGUGGCAUGAGAAUACUGAAGACUCCGCUAUUUUUAAAGAAAUUAUUCAACGAGCAUAUGGAUGAUCCAAACUAUGUACCACUUCCAGAGGAACGUGAACGUCCUGGUGGCUUUAAUUGGGGCGGUGAAGGAUUGAACGCACAACAGCCAAACCAGCGACCUGAACAACAACAACAACCACAACAGCCGGCACCAAACCAAUAGAAUCGUGAAUUCUCUUCCAUUGAAUAAAAUCAGUUGGAAUUCCCGUUUAUUUUUAUUGAUUGUAACGUUAGUGUUGCAUACAUUGUUUUCAUUUUUUAUAAUUUUUUUUUCUCUCUUUUCUUUUGUUAUUUAAAAAUGAAGAAGAAACCAUAACGGAUUAUCGGCAGCUUUCCAAAAAUGACCAAAUACAAGAGUCCUUCUUUUCUAUUUUAUAGAUAAAUGAUUAUGGGUGUGAUGUUAUUCGAAAAUAAUGAAUAUUGAAUAUA